UGGUGGCCACACCUUCUGACCCCGCCCAGUUUAAAAAUCUUAUUGGCGCACAAGGAAGAGGGUAGAUCUCGGGGUAGAUAGAUAGUGAUGUCAGAUAGCGAAGAGAACCAGUAUUCCUCUCCUCCUGUUGCUUCAGAGGAGGCUCUGUCACCACCAGAUGAAUUUUCUACUAUUUCUAAAGUAGAAGAAGAGAACAUAUCCGGAGAGAUCGAAAUUGAUGUUGGUAAAGGACUCUUGGAUGAAGUCAGUAAAGAAGUUGCUGGUAAAAUAAAUUACGACGGUCUUCUUAUUUCAACCUCUCUCCUCGAUAAAGGUGAUUAUAAACCCAUUGAAGAUGAGGAGUUUGAUUUUGAUAUCCCUGAGGAACACUUUAACAUAAGUCUCACAGGUGUGACACAGACUAGUAUUGAGUCUGAUAGUUUUGAUCUUGAUACGUUUCUCGGUAUUCGUAAACUCCACACUGCAGGACCAAGUACUGACCCAACUCCACAACCACCUGGAACAGAAGCAGCAGCUGCAACUCAAGAAGAACCUGAUCAAGUACAAGAGAGUGUCCUUUUGCCUUCAGCGGUUGAGGGCAGUCAAGAAGUAGCUGCUGGUAGUGGUGAAGAUGACAAUGUCCUCAUUCCAGGUCCAUCUUGUAUUGGUGAUGAUGUUGUGGCUUUGAAUAGCAAUCAACAGUUAGACAAUGAAGACAACAAACAGGAAAAUAACAAUGAUAAUAUAACUAGCGACCCACCACCUGCUACUAUUGCUCAAACAAGCGUACAGACUGAUGGCGAUAAAUUAACUAGCAAUGAGAUCUCUCCUAUUGUUGAGGACAAAGCUCCACCCAUCAUUGCCGAUACUCCGCUAGACGCAAAAAAAUUUCCUGCUGAUGAUGAAACGCCAUAUUCUGAUUAUGUAACCCCGCCCACUAGAAUACAUGAAAUAUCGUCUGAGACUAGCGGAGCUAUAACUGCUGACUCGGCAGAUUUUAGUUCGUCAAGUUAUUCCAGUACUUGUCUGAUGACUGCCGAUACUAAACUAUCUCCAAUUAAAGCCCCAUUACAGGGAGAAGGGGUGGAGUCAGACACGAAGAAAGAUGUUCCGUCUAUAAGAACCUCUUCCUUGAGAAAACCGAGCGCCAAGAAAGGAGCUUUUAGCAGCUCUCCUUUUGAUUCAGAAGGAUCAGCAAGUGCCAGUAGUGCUACAUUCGUUAAAGACUCAACCUUUACCGUUAGUAAGAACUCAGGAUCUGAAAACAAUUCAGUUUCCUUAUCCAACGAAACUCAAAUCCUAGAAACAGCUGGAGAUAAUGAAGGGGCACAGGACAACAAGAAGACUCAGAACGGCACAUUUUGUAGCUCAGCAUCUUCAGGGAAGAGUGAAGGGAUAACUGGCUCAACAAAGAUAGCGAAGAGUAGAUUAGUAAAACCAUCAAGUAGCACCACUGCUACUACUGCUGGUAAAUCUAAAUUAGUUCGACCUUCAUCAGCUCGUACGGCCAGCAGUACAGCUGCUACUGGACUAAACAAGAAACCAAUCAAACCAAACCUGAUGGUAACCAAGGGAAAGACCCUAGCAACAACAACACGACCAGGAGCAACCAAACAGCAACCAAUGGCCGCUAGAGGAGGAGGAGGGACUACCACUAGUACAAGUGGACUUAAAUCAAAAUCAGCUCCUAGCAUUACUAGUAAAGGUAGUGGGGGAGCCCCUGCUAAUAAGCCUUUAAUUAAAGGGCCCAGUAACAAGACUAGUUUAACGAAAGGUAUUGAUAAAACUGAUGGUGCUGGGGUGGGUGUGGGGGUUAAAAAAGGGAGUGUUCGCUCUGGCCUUGUGCCACCGUCUGUGACAUCACGGCCUUCCUCAGCUAAAGCAGGAAGUCAAGUUGUCCCGCCCACUAAAGGAAAAUCACUCCUCACUAGACCUGUCGCAAGGAAACCAGCUCUGGGCGGGGCUAUGAAGAAACCGGAAGAGAUUAAAAGAAAAAAGAAAUUAGAAUCAACGAAAGACGUGGGAGUGACUGAAACAGAUUCUAAUCAGGUGUCUGAUGUAACCACACCCACCACCCGUAGACACAGCACUGGUGAUACUCCAAAAAUUAAAAGUGAUGCCACACCCAACAGAUUGAAAAGACGUUCAUUCAUACCAACCCCAACUAGAAUAACUGACAAAGAAGCAAGACCAAUCUCUUGUCAGUUUGAUGAUCACCUUGUCAAACGUGCUGCUCAGUCUCGUUUUAGGAGACCGGUGGCUCCACCCAAAGGCGGGGCUAAAACUAACGGAACUAAACCUGUUGAAACUGCCAAACCUCCUGAGGAUCCAGUUGAGUCUGAAGAGGUUGAGUUUGAAUAUGAUCCUGAAUAUGAAAAGCAGCUUUUAUCCCUAACCUCCAAGCCCAAGGUGUUCCAUUCUCCUCUAAAUAAAGAGAACUUGCAAGAAGAGCCGCACUCAGAAUGGUCCCCCAUACCACGCAGGAUGACCUACUUACCUGGAGACGAAUCAAUUCAAUGCACAAAGUACACCCACAUCAAAAAUAACUCUUAAUAACUUUUAAUAACCAUUAAUAACCACUAAUAACUGUUAUGAUCGAUCUUUAUAGCUCCUCCCACUGUCUCAUUCUACAUGUAUACAUAAUUACACAACUGUACAUUACUUGUUCUAUUCUGUAUUAUUAACAAUAUUCGUAGCAGCUGUAUGUGUGUGUGUGUCCACAGUAAUACAUGUAUAGAGAGGUAUUCUCAUUCUGUGUGGUCUAAUGUAUGUGUAUCAUGUGUACCUAUUGUAAUAAGUUUAUUGAGGUAUAAUUGUAAUAAU